UUUUUCUGGAGAGAGACUUAGAGCCGAGUGGGACAAAGCCUGGGGCUGGGCGGGGGCCAUGGCGCUGCCAUCCCGAAUCCUGCUUUGGAAACUUGUGCUUCUGCAGAGCUCUGCUGUUCUCCUGCACUCAGGGUCCUCGGUACCCGCCGCUGCUGGCAGCUCCGUGGUGUCCGAGUCCGCGGUGAGCUGGGCGGCGGGCGCCCGGGCGGUGCUGCGCUGCCAGAGCCCGCGCAUGGUGUGGACCCAGGACCGGCUGCACGACCGCCAGCGCGUGCUCCACUGGGACCUGCGCGGCCCCGGGGGUGGCCCCGCGCGGCGCCUGCUGGACUUGUACUCGGCGGGCGAGCAGCGCGUGUACGAGGUGCGGGACCGCGGCCGCCUGGAGCUCUCGGCCUCGGCCUUCGACGACGGCAACUUCUCGCUGCUCAUCCGCGCGGUGGAGGAGACGGACGCGGGGCUGUACACCUGCAACCUGCACCACCACUACUGCCACCUCUACGAGAGCCUGGCCGUCCGCCUGGAGGUCACCGACGGCCCCCCGGCCACCCCCGCCUACUGGGACGGCGAGAAGGAGGUGCUGGCGGUGGCGCGCGGCGCACCCGCGCUCCUGACCUGCGUGAACCGCGGGCACGUGUGGACCGACCGGCACGUGGAGGAGGCUCAACAGGUGGUGCACUGGGACCGGCAGCCGCCCGGGGUCCCGCACGACCGCGCGGACCGCCUGCUGGACCUCUACGGGUCGGGCGAGCGCCGCGCCUACGGGCCCCUUUUUCUGCGCGACCGCGUGGCUGUGGGCGCGGAUGCCUUUGAGCGCGGUGACUUCUCACUGCGUAUCGAGCCGCUGGAGGUCGCCGACGAGGGCACCUACUCCUGCCACCUGCACCACCAUUACUGUGGCCUGCACGAACGCCGCGUCUUCCACCUGACGGUCGCCGAACCCCACGCGGAGCCGCCCCCCCGGGGCUCUCCGGGCAACGGCUCCAGCCACAGCGGCGCCCCAGGCCCAGACCCCACACUGGCGCGCGGCCACAACGUCAUCAAUGUCAUCGUCCCCGAGAGCCGAGCCCACUUCUUCCAGCAGCUGGGCUACGUGCUGGCCACGCUGCUGCUCUUCAUCCUGCUACUGGUCACUGUACUCCUGGCCGCCCGCAGGCGCCGCGGAGGCUACGAAUACUCGGACCAGAAGUCGGGAAACUCAAAGGGGAAGGAUGUGAACUUGGCGGAGUUCGCUGUGGCUGCAGGGGACCAGAUGCUUUACGGGAGUGAGGACAUCCAACUAGAUUACAAAAACAACAUCCUGAAGGAGAGGGCGGAGCUGGCCCACAGCCCCCUGCCUGCCAAGUACAUCGACCUAGACAAAGGGUUCCGGAAGGAGAACUGCAAAUAGGGAGGCCCUGGGCUCCUGGCUGGGCCAGCAGCUGCACCUCUCCUGUCUGUGCUCCUCGGGGCGUCUCCUGAUGCUCCCAGGCUCACCCCCCUUCCAGCGGCUGGUCCCGCUUUCCUGGAAUUUGGCCUGGGCGUAUGCAGAGGCCGCCUCCACACCCCUCUCCCAGGGGCUUGGUGGCAGCAUAGCCCUCACCCCUGCGGCCUUUGCUCACGGGUGGCCCUGCCCACCCCUGGCACAACCAAAAUCCCACUGAUGCCCAUCAUGCCCUCAGACCCUUCUGGGCUCUGCCUGCUGGGGGCUUGAAGACAUUCCUGGAGGACACUCCCAUCAGAACCUGGCAGCCCCAAAACUGGGGUCAGCCUCAGGGCAGGAGUCCCACUCCUCCAGGGCUCUGCUCGUCGGGGGCUGGGAGAUGUUCUGGAGGACACUCCCAUCAGAACUUGGCAGCCUUGAAGUUGGGGUCAGCCUCGGCAGGAGUCCCACUCCUCCUGGGGUGCUGCCUGCCGCAGAGAGCUCCCCUACCUGUACCACCCUGUGGGACUCCAGGCACCAUCUGUUCUCCCCAGGGACCUGCUGACUUGGUGAAUGCCAGCCCUUGCCCCUCUGUGUUGCUUUGGGCCACCUGGGGCUGCACCCCCUGCCCUUUCUCUGCUCCCUCCCUACCCUAGCCUUGCUCUCAGCCACCUUGACAGUCACUGGGCUCCCUGUGACUUCUGACCCUGACACCCCUCCCUUGGACUCUGCCUGGGCUGGAGUCUAGGGCUGGGGCUACAUUUGGUUUCUGUACUGGCUGAGGACAGGGGAGGGAGUGAAGUUGGUUUGGGGUGGCCUGUGUUGCCACUCUCAGCACCCCACAUUUGCAUCUGCUGGUGGACCUGCCACCAUCACAAUAAAGUCCCCAUCUGAUUUUUAGACUUG